AUGGAUGGGAUCAGUUAUCGUGCGGUUGUGUUCAAUGCGGCACGUUCGGGUAAUGUAAAGCGUUUACAAGUAUUCUUAGAAGGCCGAGACAACGAAUGGCUGCAAGAAUGUUUAUCCUGUAGCGAAGGUAAUACGCCACCAAUCGUUAUUGCUUCGAAAAAUGGUCAUCUUGAAGUUGUUAAAUAUCUCGUUGCUGGUGCACCAGCUCUAUGGGCAGCUUCUGCAGCUGGCCAUUAUGAUGUUGUUCGAUAUUUGGUUGAAGAAGGAGGUGCAGAUAUUAAUCAAACUACAGACUCGAGUAGUUCGCCUUUACGUGGUGCAUGCUAUGAUGGCCAUUUUAAAAUAGUCGAAUAUUUGGUUUCACGAGGAGCAGAUAUUGAAUUAUCAAAUAAGCACGGCCAUACACCGUUGAUGAUUGCUGCAUUUAAAAAACACGAUCGAAUCGUUAAAUUUCUUUUGGAUUCUGGAGCAUCACCUUUUAAAGCUUCAGCUAGAGUUAAGUAUUCAUAUUCAUUUGAUUAUCAUGAUUCAAUGCACGAUGCAGCCGAAGCUGGAUCUUGGGCCAUUGUGCAGAUGCUAUUACGCGCUGGUGCUUGUAACGUUCCUGAUGAAUUCGGCGUGACACCAAUGAUGUGUGCGGCGCUUGCUGGUCAUAUUACAGUUAUAAGGAUUUUAAAGGCAUAUGCGAAACCGCAGGAUGUGAGAGAUGCUUUGAAAUUGUAUGGCGCAACUCUGGUUGACAGGAAUAUGGAUAUAUCCGGUGCUAUUCAUAUAUGGACAGAAGCUUUGGAAUACGGUUUUCCCAAUGAUAAGCGAGAACGACACGAAGUGUAUGAUGGAUUAACUGAAAUCGAUUCGUAUGCCGAUAUAAGGAAUGUAAUUGGUGAUCCAGAUGCAAUGCGUAUGCAGGCCUUAAUAAUAAGAGAACGCAUAUUGGGUAGAGGUCAUCAUGAAACACAUUAUUAUAUCCGUUAUAGAGGAGCUUUAUAUUGUGAUUUAGGACAAAAUGCUCGUGGUUACCAAUUAUGGAUGCAUGCUUUAAAUCUUCAGCAAGAACAUCUAUAUGCUUUUCAUCCUUUAACAACUGCGACAAUCAUGUGUUUUGUGGACACUUUUGUGAAUAAUGUUAAUGAGCUAAUAAUAAAUCGGAAUGCUGAUGAUAGAAGGCAACCUGUUUCACGGCAAAAUAUUCUAAGCGUUUUCGAUAAAGCUGUUUUUGAGAUGGAAAGGUUGUUAAUUUGUGAUUUUAUUAUUGGAUUUGCUGCGGGUGAUGUUCGACUUAGAACUGAAGAUACUUUAGAGGAAAAACCAAAUGAAAAGAAAUGUUUUGAAUUUUAUGUAAUGGCAUCUAUACAGUUGAUGCUUCUGUUCAAUCGUAUAUCUGCAUUUUCCUCUACAUCAGAAGGAGAAGAGAGCAUAAAAGAGCAAGAAGAUAGCGAAUUAUUAUUUAAAAUCGUGUUUCGUUUCGUUUUUGUGUGUGGACAGUUAUCUCUAUAUCCUCUUCAUGUAGCUUGUAACGAUAAAGAUAAAUCGUUGCCAUCGCAUUUUUCAUGUGCUCCAGUUAUUGAAAUGCUCAUAAAAGCAGGCAUUGAUGUAAAUCUCAAGGAUCCACUUGGAAAUACAGCAUUGCAUGUUGUUCUUUUCAACAACCAACCGCGAACGAGUAUUAUACAGUUAUUAUUGUCACAUGGUGCAGCAUUAUUAGCACGGAAUAAAGCUGAUCAAACAUGUUUCCAACUCAUAUUUAACAAAGAUUUUAAUGUGGCUGAAAUUCUUAACCCAACUGAAGUUAUUACGUUAUUCUAA